AUGGGGGCAUAUGCUUGGGGGUGGGCAGAGGACGGUCGAUGUGGAAUCGGUAAAAAGUUAGCCAUCGAAUUGAAGCAGACAAACUUUCCAGCCGAACUGUGCGAAUUUUGGGAUGCUCAUUCUCAUCCUCAACGCUGUGCGGCAGGACAGGGGCAUAGUUUAUUUCUACUACCUACGGGAGAUCUCUGGGCCUGUGGUAUUGGCACCGACGAGCCUCGCACGGUGUAUCAUGCAAAGCAGUGCAUCGUGCUCAUCGACCAGUCAAGGUAUGCGAUAUCAAGCCUGGGUGACCUGUAUGCAUGGGGGAGGGGUCGAUAUGGCGCCCUAGGACAUGACGAUGGGGAGCAAAGCCAUACUCUACCAACACGGUUACAAGGACUUAAAGCGAAUACUGUAAAUCGUAUCGCAUGCGGGCGCUGGCACUGCGUAGCACUGAUGAGCAAUGAUCAACUGCUUACCUGGGGCAGAAAUCACUGUGGACAGAUUGGCAUUGGUUCAGUAUCACGCGCUUGUACCAGGCCUGUUUUGAUCGAGCUCGAACCGGGAGGAGGGCGAUCACCUUCCGUCAUGGCAUAUGCGUGGGGAGACCCCGAAGAUUCGAGACUCGGUGGCGUUGAUGAUUCACACGAGCAAACGAUCAUUGCAUGUGGUGUAUCACAUAAUCUUAUACUAACGACAGCUGGCAGACUCCUUGCCUGGGGGUGCGGGCGAUAUGGCCAGCUAGGGUAUGGGGAUCUGUGGGACCGUGAAGAGCCCGUCGUAGUACCAACUGUGCGCUCCAAUCAGAGCCCCUUGAUGACCGAAGCGAAAGGAUCCAGCACACUAUGUAGCUCGAGCCUAGCAUCUGCAAAAAAACACGGAACUAUAUUCGCGUGGGGUUUCAACUCCUUUGGCGAACUUGGCCUAGGCGCGUGGGACGAAGACAUACGGUUGCAACCCGUUUCUGUGCGUGCACUGAGCAGCUCAAACACACUUGACUGUGCGGCCGGGGCACGUCACAGCUUAGUUUUGACCCACGGCAAAACACUCUCUGGUGGAAUGCACAAAGACGCAUGCCUCGAUACGAAUUCUAGGCGCGAAUUGAGACUCGACACUAAGAGGGUUCAGGAAGAUGCUCAAUACUUCGAGGCGCUGCGUAAUAAGAUAGUAAUCUCUUACUCGCUGCCAUUUGAGCCAGAGCUCCGCUACUGUUUGGACACGAUACCUGCGGAUCAGGGAGGUCUUAUCUUUGCUCGUCGCUUCACGUAUGAGAGUGUUGUAACCUGCCUACCGUGCCGACAGUUGCUUGUGUGUCGUGCCUGUGCUCGUCGAUGCCACAGUAAUCACAUGACAAAAGUGAAAUUUUCGAGAUGGACAGUAAGCCAAAAUCGGUGCGGAUGUGCGGAUAGUGGACGUUGUCGAGUGGUGUAUUCCAGUGAACGUGGUAUAUUCGACAGUCUCGUUGACAGAAGCAACGUGCAAGUCACGAGCAGUGAGAACAAGGAGACGAUCAGUAUGCAGUUUUUCAGAGAACUACUAAAGCUGCUACACCCUGAAGGCCUAUCGGAAGAUGACAUUGAUUCGGGUGAGGUUGCAUUGCACUCUGGCCACUCGCCUAUGUCCACGUCACUUGUGCUGGGUGCGUGUCCUAGGAAAAACGCAGAGAGGCAGACACAGACCACGGAGGUAGCGGGCGAGCAUGGCAAAUUAGCAGCCUGCGCUGUUGUAGAGGGCUCCGGGAAUAAGCUAGGCCAGCCCUUACUACUGAGCGGUGUAAAACACCGGAUUCGCGGAUGUUCCGGCUCUGAUGUUCCGGUAGAGGCCUCGCGGGUGUUCCGGCUUCCGGCUCUCCCCCCCCCCCCCCCGGGCGCGUGUUCCGGUUCACUUCCUCCGGUCGUGUUCUGGCGCGUUCCGGCGCGUUCCGGUGUUCCGGUAGAUUUUCGGGCGGAUUUGUCUUCUCAAUUGCCCGUUCACGGCACGCUCAGUGCGCGUCGUGAGACAGGGAAUUCGGACCUGGGCGUCUAG